UUACUCCUGUUUGUGUCCUGUGGGAGUUUAACAAAGGCUACAGGCGGACAAAGGAAAAGGCAUCAUAUUCACAUGACAGUGAUACCUUUGUCACACUAUAACCUUGGCCCGUCUCCAACAUACAUCUCCCAGUUCUUUAUUAAUUUAUUUUCUUUUUUGUUUUUAUUUCUUUUGUAUACAUUUGGUUUCAUGUAACAAUACAUUCAAUCAAACAAAUCUCUCUAGUCAUAACAAAAUCAUGUUACCACGUCCUAAACAUUGGGGGACCAAAACAUUUAGGGCUGUUUCAGAUUUUUUUUGGGGGGGGCAUGUCCCCCUCGAUGUCUAUUGUGGUUGCUGCCCUGCUGUUUACAGUAUCUGUAGGGUUCUCAUAAAGACAAACACUGCCAUCUAAUGGUAAGGACAAGCGUUCCGUAGCCUGCGUUUUUUUCUCUUUUCCGUUUAUGUUAUGCACGAAAACAAUUAUUAAUGGGUAGCAUCAUCAUGUCUCAAUGUACUCAUUUUAGUGAAUUAAAAUGUUCAUUUAAAAAAAAAAUUACACCGUGUAACUUGCAUUGUUUCUGCUGCGGAACUAAUAUUUAGUUAUACUGUGUUUCCGGUGGGCAGUUAAAACGGUGGCGCACCGCAGUCUGUCAAGCACAAAAACACACGUGCCAGUAAAACCGGAGACAGUCAUGGACACUCUUGAGGAAACAUUUAAGGCUCUCUCAAUUGCCAGGAGACUGCAGCCAAAUGAGCCCACGUAUAUUUUGGACCUUUCUUUUCCAUACUGCACCAGCGGUGUGACUGCUGCAGGGUCAGAUGUGCUUGCAGUGUGUUGCUCUAAUCACUCUGUACACUUGCACAGCAAAGAGACGCUGCGUCUUCUGGGUGAACUUCAAGGUCACACUGCACCUGUGUGCGGGGUUCGUUUCUCUCACCUCUCCCCUCACUUGCUGUUCACCGGCUCUGCUGAUGGAACGGUGCGGGGCUGGGAUGUCCGGCGGCCCGGUUCUGACUCCAUACAGGUAUUUCGUAGCGAGUCAAAACAUUCAUACUGCUCGUUUGAUGUGAGCUGCAGUGAUCGCGUGCUGUGCGCGGGCACGGAGCAGGUGGAAGAGGACAGUUUUCUAGUAUUCUGGGAUGCCCGCAUGGUUCGGGAGGAGGGUGAGACGGGGUUAAAGCAGGGCGGUCUGUUGGGCGUGUACUCGGAGUCACACAGUGAUGACAUCACCGCAGUGAAGUUCCACCCACAGCAGGCAGACCGGUUGGCGUCUGGUGCUACAGAUGGGCUUGUGAAUGUGUUUGAUCUGAGUCUCGGUGGAGAGGAUGAUGCGCUUUUUACCACAUGUAACUGCAAUUCCUCUGUCAGCUCCCUCUGCUGGACAGGCAAAGGUCUUGACCAGCUGUUUUGUCUUACCCAUGAUGAAGGGCUUUACCUGUGGGAUGUUGCUCGCCCAGAAAGCGAUGACAUUUUGACCCUUAUGAGUUCCCCUGAUGCUCGAACACUCGUCCAACUCCCUGAUGGAUCCUCACUUGAGUAUUUUGUUGGUGGAACAUGGCUAUCAGAUGAAGGACGUAUUCUAUUAGUGGGAGGGGCUAAUAGUGGAGAGCUCCACCUCCUUGACUGCAGUGGGAGUGGUCUAAGGUUCAUUAAAUCCCUGAAAGGGGGUCACUCAGCCACAGUGAGAUGCUUCCAGUGGGAUAUGAAUGGUCAGUCUCUGCUGACAGGUGGGGAGGAUGGCCAGCUGCUACAGUGGAAGGCAGGAGCAGAAGAGAUCAGUGUGGGAAAGAAAGAAACUCUGAAAAGCAUUUCUUCCAUGCAGCUGAAAACUAAAGCCCACAGAAAACAUACUGCAAAGAAAGACUCAAAAGACUUAAAAGUUUCAAAGUUAUUAUGAUCAAGAAAAACUCUAAUUUCACAUGAAACAGUUAAAACGGACAAAGUUUGCAACAUUUUAUGGCGCAUGGCAUUUUAUUUUGUAAGAUUUAUUUAAAAAAUGUACAAAUUUACAAUAUUUUUGAAACAAAAAAAUAAGAUCACCCAGAAACAAAA